CCCAGUGACGUCAGCACCACGUAAAUUCCCUGCCUGGCGGCCUGAUCGUUCUUUCGCCUCUCUCGCGCUGCUCGGUCGGCAGGUCUGCUCUCUGUCUCUGGACGACUCAACACCUCCACAGCCAAAAUGAUCAUCUACAAGGACAUCAUCACCGGUGACGAGAUGUUCUCUGAUGCCUUUCCCAUCAAAGAAGUCGAAGGCGGUUUCAUGUACGAAGUUGAAGGAAAGAGAGUCUGCAGGACAGAUUCAAUCGAUGAUAGUCUCCUCGGGGCCAACCCUUCUGCAGAAGAGAUGUGCGAGUCUAGUGACUCCGCAACUUCAAGCGGUGUGGACAUCAUCCUCAACCACAAACUGCAACAGACGAAUUAUGAUAGGAAGCAGUACUUGAAACACAUUAAGGAAUAUAUGAAGGAGCUUAAGAGCAAGCUGGAAAAGGACAAACCAGAGAAAGUGGAUGAGUUCACAAAAGGCAUGCAACUGGUUGUCCAGAGGAUUGUUAAAAACAUUAAGAACUACGAGUUUUAUACUGGAGAGUCCAUGAACCCAGACGGCUUGGUGGCACUGCUGGAUUACCGCGAGGAUGGCAUUACACCAUUUAUGCUUUUCUUCAAAGAUGGUCUGGAGGUUGAGAAAUUUUAAAUGACCUGGAUAUACAUUUCAAUUGGCUGCUGCUUCCUAAACGGCCCCAGGAGCAGACCGAAGAUCAGUAUUUUGCAUCAUGCCUGAACAGAAACAUUCUUACACAUACACAAUUUCUUUAUAAAUUUGUGUUAUAGUCCACAGUACCACUCCCAAGGCAAGGUGAUCCAAACAGACAUCAGAUUUUAAUAACUUCUUUUUGGCUUUUGCAGUGUCUUGAUUUUUUUUUUUUGUCUCACGUUUUGUUAUUUGAAAAUAAAAGGCAGGACAUUGAGCAAAGCUCUGACGAACUGAAAGAUGCUAUUUUCUUCCUAUGCAUACUGUUUUAGCAAUGAUCCAUACAGAUUGACCUCGUCAUCGGCCCUCUGUGUUUAUGGUUGCAUCAAAUUAAAUUCCAUCUACAAUAAAGACUUGAUUUGAAAAUAAAAACGAGUACCACCA